AUUCAUUCGUCUUCCUAAAACCGUUUUCUCUCUUUAGUCUUUACGCGCUUCCAACUCGUUCACCACACCGGAGCAAUCACUAUAAACCACCAAAACACACACUAACACACGCACCAAACCCUCAACAACAAUAUGCCUCACAAUCUCCUCAUCCUCCUCACGAUUUCCGUUUCCUUCACUGUCGCAGCCACCGGCCGCCUCAUCACCACCACCACUUCCUCCGCCGAUCUCGUUUCCGACGGCUUAUCAUCAAUGAACGAGUUACAGUUAUGCGAGCAGACCUACGGGUUCUUGCCCUGCAACACCACUGUUUUAGGCAAUUUGUUUCUCGUUUUGGUCUACGGUUACCUCAUGUUUCUUGCUGCAACCUUUUUGUCUUCUGGUAGUGAGUUAAUGCUGGAGAUUUUAGGUCCGGGUAUUGUUGGUGGUUUGUUUCUUCCUAUUCUUGGAGCUCUUCCAGAUGCUAUGCUUAUUCUUGUAUCUGGGUUAUCUGGAAGCCCAGAAACAGCUCAAGACCAAGUCUCUGUUGGCAUGGGUUUAUUGGCUGGUUCAACAGUCAUGCUUCUAACUGUUAUAUGGGGAACAUGUAUCAUCAUAGGCAAAUGUGACAUACAGGACUCAAUUGCUAUAGAUAACCAAGAUACUAAAGGAUUUAACUUAGCAGGCUCUGGUGUGACUACUGAUAUAUGGACCAGCUAUUCUGCAAUGAUAAUGGCUGUAUCUGUGCUUCCUUUUAUAGUUGUUCAAUUCCCACAAAUUUUCCAUUCAACUUCUGGAAGACACUUAGCGGUGUUAAUCGGUCUUAUAGUUUCCGUUUCUCUUCUGAUUGCAUACUGCGUUUAUCAGGUUUAUCAACCUAACAUACAGAAGAGACGCAUUGCUUUUGCAAAGCAUAAGCACGUUCGGUCUGGAAUUCUGCGGUACUUAAAAACAAAUUCGCUUGGAAGACUUACAAACGAUCAAAACCAACUUGAUCGAGAUGUUCUAUACAAACUAUUUAACUCGGUUGAUUUGAAUAAAGAUGGACACCUUUCACUAGUGGAACUAAGAGCUCUAGUUGUGGGAAUGCAAUUAAAUGCUAUAAAUUUGAACGAAGACGAUGCGAUUGAUAAAAUCAUGAAAGAAUUUGACACAUCUGGAGACGAAGAAGUAGAUUUUCAAGAGUUUGUAACCGGAAUAGCAAAUUGGCUUGAGGAGGCCAGAAGGACCAAAAUAAGGUCUCCUAUUGCUGGUCCUGACUAUAUUCAUGACUACCAUGAGGAAACAAAGAGACAACACUACCUUUUGGGAGACGAAGGCGGUGAUGAUGAAGAUAAUGGUGUACAUGACGCACGCAGGACCACAGCGAAAGCAGUGCUAUUAUUGUUAUUGGGCACACUUGUUGCUGCUGUAUUUGCGGAUCCUUUAGUGGAUGCUGUAGAUGGUUUCUCUACCGCUACAAGUAUCCCGUCUUUCUUCAUCUCGUUCAUCGCCUUGCCAUUGGCAACCAACUCUAGUGAAUCAGUGUCUGCAAUCAUCUUUGCUUCUCGCAAAAAGCGAAGAUCCGCUUCUUUAACUUUUUCAGAGUUAUACGGGGCAGCAACGAUGAAUAAUAUACUUUGUUUAUCGGUGUUCUUAGCGCUUGUUUAUGUACGAGGAUUGACAUGGGAUUUCUCAUCAGAAGUGCUUGUUAUAGUGAUUGUUUGCGUUGUGAUGGGCAUUUUUGGCAGUUUGCGUACUACAUUCCCUCUUUGGACGUCUUUCAUUGCUUUCGUGCUCUACCCGUUCUCCCUUGUUCUUGUAUAUGUUUUGGACUAUGUUUUCGGUUGGUCAUAGAUUCAGCCAUUGCAGCUCAAGAGUCUAAACCUAGGUAUAUGUCUCACCUGUUUUUGCUACUAAUAGGCAUGUUUGGGUGACCAUUCCACCCCACCCCCAACCUCAUUCUGUGUAAUUUGAAUGUGUAGUGUAAGUUUCUUUAGUUUUAAGUUGCAUUUUGUGCUCAUCAUCCAUGUUUCAAAAGUGAUCAAAUUUGAACAAAAUGAAAAAUAUUAUGAAUUUAAUCCUGGA